UCCAAAUCCUAAAGAAUAGAUCAUGUGUUUCCGUUAACUUAACUUGUGGCGCCAAACAGAAUUUCCCUAUCCACAUAACAACUCAAAACUCACUCAUCCUCAGCAAUGGCGUCAAUGGCGCUCUGCAGUUCAUCUCCUACAUUUUCCUUCUUCCCAAACUCUUCUACUCUCCCCAACACUAACAAAUUGUCUUCAUUUUCCCUUUCCUGUGCACCGAAUUCGCCUCCCGCUGCCGAGGAUGAUGCCCCGAAGAAGAAGAGGCUGUCAAAGCAGUCGUCCUGGGAGUCCAAAGACUCCCAAGGUCAGGAUUACCUCUACAGAUUGGGUAAAGAAGCAGAUAACAUGAAUAUCGCCGUCGGAGCUAGGUCUGGCGUCAUCGAUGAUCUCUUCGCCGGGAAUUUUCUCGGCCGAGACUCGGAUAUUGUGUUUGAUUAUCGCCAAAAGGUGACGAAGUCAUUUGAGUACCUUCAAGGAGAUUACUACAUCGCUCCUCUCUUCAUGGAUAAAGUUGUGUGCCACAUUACCAAAAACUACCUAGCUCAUAUCCUCAAGACAAAAGUUCCUCUGAUCCUAGGUAUUUGGGGAGGAAAAGGGCAAGGAAAAUCAUUUCAGACUGAACUUAUAUUCCAGGCCAUGGGAGUUGAACCUGUAAUUAUGUCAGCUGGGGAACUAGAGUCAGAAAGAGCUGGAGAACCAGGGAAACUGAUUCGCGAACGCUAUAGAGCAGCUUCUCAAGUGGUCCAGAACCAAGGCAAGAUGAGCUGCUUAAUGAUCAAUGACAUUGAUGCUGGACUUGGUAGAUUUGGAAACACUCAGAUGACAGUCAACAAUCAAAUUGUUGUUGGGACACUCAUGAAUCUGGCUGAUAAUCCUACAAGAGUGAGUGUUGGACAAGACUGGCGAGAGUCAGAUAUUUCAAACCGAGUUCCUAUCAUUGUUACUGGGAAUGAUUUCUCAAAAAUUUAUGCCCCCUUGAUUCGUGAUGGAAGAAUGGAGAAAUUUUAUUGGCAGCCAAAUCUUGAGGACAUUGUGAAUAUCGUUCAUAGAAUGUAUGAGAAAGAUGGCAUAUCUAAAGAUGAGGUGAUAAACAUUGUGAAGACAUUUCCUAAUCAAGCACUAGAUUUCUAUGGAGCCCUAAGGUCUCGAACAUAUGACAGGUCUAUUUCCAAGUGGGUAGAGGAUAUUGGUGGUGUUGAAAAUCUUGGCAACACACUACUCAAAAGAAAAAAGCUGGAAAAGCUUCCUGUUUUUACUCCUCCAAAGCAAACAAUAGAAGCCUUGCUUGAAUCAGGUUAUUCUCUGAUUAAAGAACAGAAGUUAAUAAUGGAGACUAAACUUUCAAAGGAAUACAUGAAGAACAUGGAUGACUAGAAUAGAAUUUUGGAUGGUCAUGCUGGAUCAUUUUCAUUUUCAUCUGUUUUGUUUUGUUUUGUUUUUUUUUCUUUGAAAUUAUUUCCAUUUUUGUUUUGUUAGCGUCAAAAUUUCUCCUUCAAAUUUAGAAUGAUGUCUUAAUAAAUAACAAAAUAAUCCAAUUUGUUAAUA